CUUCCUUUCACUUUUACAUUUAACACUACACACCAUCAGCUGAACUUGAGCCUGCCAUUGCGGAGAUGACUGAGCCUGUGCCUGAGCCUGAGCCUCCAUACUCUGUUGCUGAAGCGGUUCCCGGCACGCCUGGGAUCCGGGAAAUAAGGCCCGAAAAGGGUUCUGAGAAUUUCAGGUUUUGCAAUGAACAGAAUGGAAAUGAAGGUAACCAGGGGACGAGGAAGGUUGGUUUGAGAGCAGAGAUCGACACGUCUCCUCCGUUUGGAUCGGUCAAGGAGGCUGUGACACGGUUCGGUGGAAGCGGGCCAUGGGUGCCUUAUUACUAUAGGAUUGGAGAAAGUUAUGGCGUUGAGGAUAUCGACAUAAAAAAGGUAGAGGAGCAAGCAGCAGAAUUGGAGAAGCAUCUGAUUGUGAAAGAAUUGGAAACACUCGAUGUCCUUGAAGAACUUGGAACGACAAAAAGGGUUGUUGAAGAGUUGAAGCAGCAGCUGCAAAAGGAAGCGCUUAGAUGCAUGACAGUUCCUGAUGAACCGAUGUCAAGUCCUGCUAUCAAAGAAAUGAACAAGGGAAACUAUAGCUUUCACGUCAACAACAGCGAACAGAGGUUAAUAAGCUUAAGCCCUUGCCCUACGGCAUCGCCUGAUCUGAUCUUAAUGGAGUUGAAGCAAGCGAAAUUGAACCUUGGUAAAACCAUUAACGACCUUGGGGUGAUUCAAACUUCUGUUGAGUCUUUGAAUAAGAAAAUGAAGAAAGAGAAAACCUUACUCAAAAAGACCCGUGAGAGGCUAACAUCAAAAUUUGCAGGGGGGUUAUCUCUGGAGGAAGAGCUGAAGCAAGCAAGAACGAAGCCGCAUAUUGCAGAUGAUGUUGAAACUGAUUACAAGGCAGGGUAUUUAAUGAAAAUGGAUGAAGUCCAAAAAACGGAAGUUUUAAAAGGAAUGUUAGCUGAAAACAUCAAGACUAACAUCAGAACUGCUGAAUUGAGGUUGCUGGCAGCCAAGAAGAUGGAAGAAGCAGCAAGAGCAGCAGAAGCUGUUGCCCUGGCAGAAAUCAAGGCUCUAUCAACUGAUGAGAGCUCAUCGGGAUAUGCCUUGCCAGAACCAGAGAAAGUUCCCUCCUUUGAAGCAAGAUCUCCUCUAAAUCCUAAAGAUCAGAAGGCCGAGGAGCUUUCCCAGAAGAAAGUGGAAACUUUGAAGCUUCCAAAGCAAGAAGUUCACUUUACUAAAAUGUCUAUUCUAAAUAAGCUAAGGGAAGCAACGGAAGAAGUUAAACUAAGCAAACAAGCCUUAGAAGAGGCUCUGAACAAAGUCGAUAUGGCCAAUAGAAAGCAAGUUGCUGUUGAAGAGGCUAUCCGCAAAUGGAUGCCAGAGGAUGAUCAAGUGGGACAGGACGCAUAUUAUCAUACCAGGCUUGGUAAUUUCCAUUUGCAUCCAUCCGAUCAACGGCAGGAUUCUCCAUUAAAUGAAGUGAACAACCCCAAUCUAAUUGGUGAUGGCCCGAAGCCUGUUCUGAGAACCACAGUUUCGAUGAGGGAUGUUCUGAGCAGGAAGCAAAUUAGAGCGGAAGAAUAUGUUGCAGCAAGGCCAGCAGAAGGCGGCACAGAGAGGCAAAAGGUGGCUUUGAGUCAAAUGCUUCAUGAACUGAGGGAGGAUCUAACGUUUCAUCCGAGAGUUGAAAAACAUGGAGGUGAACAGAAGCAGCAGUUCUAUACACAAAGGAGAAAGUUUGGGUUCAUUCAUAUAUCGCUGCCCAUGACAAAACCAGGCAAGAAAAAGAUGCAAGAUUUGAACAAUAUGAAGAUGCAUUAAGAUGCAGUAAAUUAGUUUCUGGUUGUGUAGUGAAAUGUUUUUAAUUACUUUGUAUUGGUUUGGAGUUAUGAUUUUAGCUUGCUUGUGCUGCUAAUGUAUGCCCUUGUAGGUUUGUAUCCUUUUUUCUCUUAGAGAUAGAUGAUGUCUUUUGUAUGGUGUACUUGCUGCUUUAUUGUCCCUGGACUUGGCUCGUACUCUGAGCUGGGUAUUUCAUAUUAAUUUUUCCUAUGGAAGGCAUUGGGAGUCUGAUGAGCUAUUCUCUUA